UGGAUGAGGGGAGGCAGGAGGCUCGCAGGGCGGGCUCCUGGCCAGCGGGCGGUGGGAGCCCCCUCGCUUGGCGAGCUGAUGGCCGGCGGCGGGGGAGUAGGGCGCUGCCGGCCCCGCUCACUCAGAGCACCGGCGGCCCCGGCCUCGGCGCCGGGUGGGCGCUGAGCGGGGCCCGCACCGCGCCCGCUCGUCAGGCAAGGUGCGCUAGAGGGGGGGUAAAACGGGAGGGAUAGCAGCGGGGAGAGGCGGAGAAAGGCGGGAGGCUGGUGGGUCUGCCCGGCUGCUGGCUACCUCACCCCGGCAGCGCGCAUCCCGGCGGGUGACAGAGGAGCCGGAUAUUUCCAACCCCAAACUAUGGCUUUUCAAAAAUCGCCCGAUGCCUCCAACGCCACGAGGAAAAACCCCAGCCUCCUGGAGAUAGGAGCCUUGUGCUUGGACUCGGAGAUCAUCUUCGGCUUCACCAGCCACCUCCUGCGGCGGAAAGCCAAGACCCCACCCCGUGUUCGAGAGCCACCAGCACCUACCCUCGCGGUGGCGGGCAAGGAGACCAGGAGCCGUGACUGGCAUCGCUGGGGGAAGCCCCCGCCGCCGCCAUCUCCCGCCGCGGCUCCCACGCGAGGUGCCGGGUCCGGCUCCGGGUCCGUCCUGGGUGGGACUGGGAGCUCCCGUGUGCAGCCGCACGGCGGCGCCGGCAGGUGGUGCUCUGGUCACAGGCACGGGGCGGUGGUACCGGGCUGCGGUGCCCGGGCAAGUCUCGGCUCGGCCCCUGCCCACAGCCACCAGGCCGAGGCAACGGGACAGGGCAGUGAGGGGGCACUGGGACACAGUGGCUCACGUUCCUCUCUCUGGAACAUCCCAUCACGCCCACCGAGCGGCUGGGGAGUCGGCCGACCCCCGGGGUGGCUGAGCCCCGAGGCACCGCGCAUCUGCCCGCGAAGGGGCGUACGGUGCCUCCAGCUCUACGCCGGAGAGCGUCGGCCGCGGGAGCGGACCCCGCCCGUCCCCUGGACCCCAUUUGCAACUGCUCUACACCCACCGGGCCCGCGCGAAGGGCCGAUGCUUGCGCGGCUUUCCGACCCGCAACGCUCCGCAGUGGGACCGGUACCCGCAGCUCGGCCCUUUUAUUCCUCACUCUCCGGGAACUUGGGUGCUGGAGCUUGA